AUGGGCAAGUCCGUGGCCCGCGGCACGCGCCAGCAGCAGCUCAGCAAGAAGGCCGGAAAGCUCAAGAAGGAACGAGCGUCCCGGGCUCGGGAGGCGGCUUCGAAGGUGGACGCCUGCGACCGCUUCCCUUGGAUGAGCGUGUUGGAGAAGAUUGCCGUGAGGCCGGGGACCGUGCUGUUGUACCAGCGGACCCUCCGCCUCUUCCUCGACUUCUGUCGCGUGGCGAAGGUGAGCUGGGUGGACGCGCCCGGGCUGGACGACGUAGUGGUGGAGUAUCUGAACUCCAUGUACAUGGAGGGCCACGGGGCCGACGAGGCGAGCCGGCUCUUGGCAGCGCUGGGCUACGUCUUCCCCGAGUUGUACAAGAAGACGCGGGCCCUGCUGCCGAGGGCGACCCGGUGCGCUGUCAGCUGGUGUCGGCGGACGCCAGCGCAGUCCCGGCUCCCCCUGCCGCGCCUGGCGGCGUUGGCGAUCGCGGGAGGCAUGAUCAUGCUCGGGCUCCCGCGGAUGGCGAUCAUGGUUGCGGUAUCGCACGUCUGCUACCUACGGCCCAUCGAGGCGAUGGCGCUCCUCGGCAAGAGCAUCGUCGCCGCGGUCCCAGUGGCAGGUGCUGGCUACACCAUGAUGGGCCUAGUGCUGCACGAGACCUCCCUCGGCAUCCCCGGCAAGACGGGGGCCUUCGACGACGCUGUGACGAUCGACGAGCAGUGGUUGUGGGAGCCCCUUCUCGGCCUGAAGCAGGCCAGCCUGCCAGACGGGAGCCUGUGGGGGUUCAGCAGCGAGCUCUACAGGGACGUGUUCAUCGCAGUGGCCGAGGGUCUGGGGCUGGGACCCUUCGACCCACAUCCGUAUCAGCUACGGCACGGAGGGGCGUCGGAGGACCUGGCAGCCAGAAAGCGAACGCCAGAACAAGUCAUGCGCCGGGGUCGCUGGACGACAGUCGCCUCUUUGAAGAGGUACGGGAAAGAGACCAAGCUGUUGCGCGUGAUCAACCAAAUCUGUCCCUCCGUCUUCAACUUCGGCAGCGCGGUGCACCAGAGCUUCGCCGAGGCCAUCAAGUUCGGGGUCGGCAAUCGGAAGGCCACCACCAACCGGAGGGUUAUCUUCCUGGAGCUUUUCGCGGGCAACGGGGGUAUCGGCAAGUUUUUGAAGUCCCAGGGGUUCGCCGUUCUCAGCCUGGAUGUCAAAAACCACGCUUUCCAGGACCAUCUGUGCCCGGCCUUCCAGGCCGUUAUCAAAG